GCUUGGUUAAGUACGAUAACUUCCGGUCGUGCUCGCCACGGUGGCUUUGAGUGUUUGAGGGAGGUUUUAUGAAAAAUAGCGAGGCAAUGUCCACACAGACCCAGCCAGAUCCACUUUUUGAUAUUAAGAACGCGUACUAUAUUGGGAACUACCAAUUUUGCAUAAAUGAAGCACAGAAAGGAAAGCCUGUCAGCCCCGAAUACAAGCUCGAACGAGAUGUGUUCCUUUACCGAGCCUACAUUGCCCAGCGAAAGUAUGGUGUUGUACGUGAUGAAAUCUACAGUACAGCAUCAGAGGAGCUCCGUAACUUACGACUCCUUGCUGACUACAUGUCCGGAGACAGAACGUUGAAAGAUGGUAUCGUGAAGGAACUGGAACAACAGACCAGGGCGAUGAAUUCAAAUAAUGUUGUCCUGCCCCUCGUGGCUGCAACGAUCUACUACCACGAACAGAACUACGAGACGGCUCUGAGAAUGCUACAUCAGACAGACUCGCUGGAAUGUUCAGCUUUGACACUGCAGUGUUACCUAAAAUUAGACCGACUUGACCUAGCAAAGAAAGAGCUAAAACGCAUGCAGGAGAAAGAUGAUGACGCAACCCUGACCCAGUUGGCACAGGCCUGGGUGAACCUCUCUUCCGGAGGCGAAAAGCUUCAAGAAGCAUUCUACAUCUUCCAAGAAUUGGCGGAGAAGAACACCACCACACCUCUCCUGUUGAACGGACAGGCAGCUGCUUACGUUGCUCUCGGAAAGUAUGAAGAGGCAGAGUCUUUCCUCCACGAAGCCCUCGAGAAGGAUAGUAACCACGUGGAGACCUUGAUCAAUUUGGUGGUCCUGUCGCAGUACCUGGGAAAGACCCCCGAGGUAACCAGCCGACUUUUGAGCCAGCUGCGGGACUCCAACUACAGUCAUCCGUUUAUAAAAGAAUAUCAAAGCAAGGAACACGAGUUUGACAGGCUCGUGAAGCAGUAUGCACCUUAAGGUGGCUCGCCAAGGCAUUCCUACCAUCCCAGGUACAUCUUCCUUCAAAAAUAAACAAUUUACCGUUCAGAACUUC